AUCAGAGCAAAUGUCUUAUAAAUUCGGUGAAUCUUCGGAUCAAAUUAGAAAGAAAUAAGGAUUCUUUUGCUCUGAUGUCAGCCACGCAAGAUUUUAAAGUAGUUAUAUAUCAUGCAUCAUUAUUUGUUAGGAAAAUUAAAGUCGCUCCCUCAGUCGUGAUUGCCCAUGAAUUAGCUUUAAGCAAGGGAGUUAUAAAAAUGCCUAUUCGCAGAACAGAAGUGAAAUCAUUCGCACUUUCUUCAGGAAUGCAAUCAAUAACUAUCCCUAAUGCGUUCAUUGGACAAUUACCGACACGACUUAUAAUGGGUAUGGUAUCUAAUGCUGCAUUUAAUGGGGAUUUUUCAAAAAAUCCAUUCAAUUUCAAGCAUUAUGAUUUAUCAUAUCUUUGUAUAUUAGAUGGCAAUCGUAUGAUUCCGUCAAAGCCCUUUCAACCAAAAUUUGAUAAUUCUAACAGUUACAGCAGAUGUUAUAUGAGUCUAUUUACUGAUUUGGGUAGAUAUCAUAAAGAUCAAGACAUUAAUAUAAGUUACACUGAAUAUAAAGAUGGGUAUACGCUGUUCGCUGUAGAUUUGACGCCCGAUCUCAACGCGGACGGAAUGCAUGAAAGUAUUUCACGCAAUGGUAAUUUAACUAUUGAUAUAAAAUUCAGCAAAGCAUUAUCUGAAACUGUAAAUUUAAUAGUUUUUUCAGAGUAUCGAAAUACUAUAGAAAUCGACAAAAGUCGCAGUAUUUUUUCAGAUUUUUGAAAAUGGAUAGCACAACUUUGUGCAGACUUGCAUGCAGCGACUUCCGUCUACGUUCUAAAUUUGGAGGUGUAUACGCUUCAGAUGAAUUGCCUAAGACAAUAGAUAGUUAUUCAUGUUUUAUUGUAAAUUUAGAUCCUAAAACAAAACCGGGAAGUCAUUGGGUUGCAAUAGCAUUUCGGAAUAAUAAAUGUUACUAUUUUUGUAGUUACGCUUCUGUGCCGAAUAACAAAUAUAUUUUAAAGUUCAUAGAAAAUAACGCUGCAAAUUUUGCUUGGAACAAAUGUAGAUAUCAAAGCUUAGUGUCGUAUACUUGUGGUCAUUUUUGCCUUCAUUUCUUGUACAAUUUUGUGAGAAAGCAAACUUUGUCACCUCUAGAUUCUAAUAAAAUUGAAAAUAACGAGAAGUUUAUUAAAAAAUUUGUAGCUAGCAAAUUUCGUUUACAAAAUUGCUGCUUUUCUCCAUAUUCAAAUCAAAUUUGUGAAGCUCGUGAUUUCAGAAAUAGAUGUCUUUAGACAUGUUUCAACAGAAUAUAAUUAUAUAUGCUCUCUCUAUAAGCUCUCUAUAUAAAUUUAACAUAUUUUUUUGGAGGUCACUUUUCAUACAGAGCAUAUAAAAGAGAUACACUAACUGGGGAAUUCUCAUUGUGCUUCAACUGAUUCAGCAGAAACGAUGACUUCCGAACUGAGAUAUGGCUUUAUGUACUUGAAGCGUACUGGAUCAGCUUAUAUGAUUCAUUGCUUCACCGAUUCCCUUUACGAAAAUAUGAUAUCCUGUGUUCAAGCUGCGAACUCCUAUCAAAUGGAUACAGUUGAUUCAGACUGCAGAUUGAAGAUUGCCUAUUUCAAGGUUCUCAACAAUAAUGAUAUUGUCAGAGAACUCCAUAACGGUUCUGCUAUGAAUUAUCGACAGACAUUUGAUUGUAAAACGUAAUACAAAGCGAACUUCGGCGAAUCAAUUACUCAUGAUUCAAAGAUCUGCAAUGGAAUUGUGGACAACUUCAAAGAAAAUAAAUGUAAAUACUAAACUAUACAGCUAAGAUACUGAGAAUAGCUCAGCAUUGUAAACUCUAUAUAAAAUUGUAAUACUAAGCAGCACUAACUGUCAUUUAAUGUAACAUCAUCAAUGAAUCGAUGUUCUACAUGCAUAAGCAACACGAAGAAACUGAUUGUACCACUCGAUGUAAUAUUUUAACAAUCCCUGAAUAAAAAUAUAAUUUAACUGUAUAAUUGCGUCUGUCUUAUUUUGCUUCGCUACAUCAAUAUGUUUUUUGUAAUAUCCUAUAUCACCGUAAAAUUACGUUGUUUUAUUCUCAAGGUGGUGAAAGUGGGUUAAGGUAGGAAAAUGCACAUAAAGUUAUUUUAAAAUUACUUUAAGGUCACCAGUUCAGGGAGAACAAGGCGUUCCUGGGAAAUUCUACAGAUAAUAAACAAUUAUUCCAUUGCCACUUACAUAAACAGGGGUAUAAAUAUAAGCUACAUCAGCCUUUGUACAUAUACUACCGAUCUUGUUGAAGACUUCAUCUUCAUCUCUGUCUCCGUCUUCCUCAGAGUGCGUGUAUCUAAGUACUACUCAGCUAUCAUGGACAGUCACAAAGCGAGCGUCAGUAAGUGAUUGCAUUUUCAUAUUCUUUUUAGAUUGCUAAGCAUGUGUAACAUAAUUUUUUAAAAAUAAAGUUAAGUUUUCACACUUCCUAAUAGGCUUAACUGAUAGCGAUUCAGACGGCGAGCAGUUAUUUCCCCUUCCUUCCAAGGAAAAGCAUACAAGCGCUAAAAGAAAAUCAAACGAUGAGAAAAAAGAGGAGUCCACCAAAAGAGCAAAGAAUUUCGAGUAUAAUUUUUCUGAUCCGACAGAAGAGAAAAAGCUCAUACCCCCAAUAAGCGCUUACCUAGGAAAAGGGAUUAACAUCAGCAUCAAGGAAUACAGAAAGUCCUAUUAUCUUGCUUUCCAAAAGAAUGUUGGAGAUGAAACAAAGAACAGAUUCAACAUGAAUCUUGACCAAUUGGGAGCUUUAAAAAAAGCUAUAAAUGUGUUUGCAGAACAUAUAAAGAAAAAUUGACAUUCACGAGUUAAAUGAAAAUUUUGUAAAAAAAUUGAACUAACUUGACAAUUUUCCCUAUAUUCAUCUUCUUAGAAUGUCGUUUAAUAGAAUAGAAUCAAGUUUUAGAGGUUAUAUUUCAGCUUACCGACACUCUCCGAUACACUCUGAUCCCUACAACUUAUAUAACGAAAUUCGAGAAAACAUUUUCUUACUCUUAUUAGAGCAAAACCUACCUUUCCGUCUUUUAAUAUGCAUAAGCAUUGAAUUUAUUAAAGAUACUCAUCCUGACAAUUUACUGCAAAACGCUUACUUCUGUUCAUUUGCUGAACGCAUAAUAUCAUAUAACCAAGUAAAAAGUAAAGUUAAAAGCUGUUUUCAGAAAAUAUUCAAUUCCAUUGAAACAUAUAUCCAAAACGGUAGUGGUUGGGUUAUUAAUAAAAUUAACUUUUUAGAUGUUAAUAUCGGACAGUACAGAGAACCGCGGGGAGGUUGCGGUAAUAUAAAAUUACCUGACUGUUUAAAAAAAAAAAGAACUCUUCUAAAUAUACGUUGCGAUGAUCACAAAUGCUUCAUAUAUAGUUGCUUAGCUCAUCUCUUUCCUCCUGAAAAAAAUUCUAAUGCUCCAAGCAGUUACCAAAAUAAACUAAAAUACUUAAAAUUGAAAAAUGUAACCUUCCCCAUGAAACUCUCUAACAUAAAGCAUUUUGAAAGUAUCAACAGCUUAAAGAUAAAUAUUUUUACUUAUGACAAAGAAGUUUUCCCCAUAUAUAUCAGUAAUAAAAAGUUGGGUUCGGAAAUAAAUUUACUUCUGUAUAAAGAGCAUUACUUCUUAAUUAAAAAUCUAAAUCGUUUAUUAAACUCCAAAAAAGGGAUUCAUCAUUAUUGCUCGCGAUGCCUGAUUGGAUUUCAGAGGCGAAAUAGUCUUGUAGAUCAUAAGCGAGUGUGUUGCCAAAAUGCCCCCCAAAAACUAUCCCCGCCUAAAAUAAACACUGUAAAAUUUACUAGCAUUUACAAAAUGUUGUUCCAUCCUUUUAUUUUGUAUGCGGAUUUUGAAUGCAUAACGAAAAAUAUAUCUACUGUUUUACCAAAUACAUCUCAGAGUUUUUCAGCCAACCUAGAGCAUCACGAACCAAUCAGUUUCGCAUUAAUAGCAAUUAAUAUAAAAAAUGAAAUAAUAUAUCACAAAUUCUAUUGCGGAGAAAAUCCAGUACAAAUAUUUUUAAAAACAAUAAAAAAAUUAGCAAAAUCUUUAUUUAAAAGACUAUCAUGCAAUAAACCAAUGAUCGAGGAAAAUAUACCAACGGGAAAGCCUAGCACAUGUUACAUAUGCAAGUUAAAAUUUGAACCGAGUGAUCGCAUUGUCAGAGAUCAUUGCCAUGUUUUAGGCAUAUUUAGAGGUUUCUGUCACAAUUCAUGCAAUUUAAAUUUAAAAAGAAGUAAUUUCAUUCCUGUAGUCAUUCACAACCUUAAGGGGUACGAUUCCCACUUAUUGUUAAAACAUAUGUCUCCAGAAUUCGCGCAUCAGAUUGAUAUAAUUCCGACGAAUAGUCAAAAAUUUACUAGUUUCACCCUCGAUAAUUACAUUAAAUUUAUUGAUUCGUACGCAUUUCUUGAUUCUUCCUUAUCUUCUCUUGUAGAAAUUUUGAAAAUUUCUGAACAUCGGUUUGACAUUUUUGAUUCUUUUUUCCAAAAUAAAACAAAUAGAAACUUACUCAAACAAAAAGGAUUUUUUCCUUAUAGCUAUUUUUCAUCAAAAGAUAUUUUAAAACAAAAGACAUUUCCACCUCACGAAGCCUUUUUUAACAUUUUGACGAAUUCGAACAUAACAAAAAAAGAAUACAAACACGCACUGAGGGUUUACCAAGAAUUUCAUUGUAAAAAUUUUCAAGAUUACCUUGAAUUGUAUCAAAAUACAGAUACAAUUCUUUUAGCUGAAGUAUUUCAAUCGUUUCGACAAACAAGCAUGAUGCACUAUCAUUUGGACCCUGCUCAUUUCCUAACUAUUGCUGAUUUAACGUGGCAUUCUGGUUUAAAAUUCACAGGUCAGGAAUUAAAAUUGUUAUCGAAUGUAGAAGACUAUGUCUUACUUGAGACUCAAAUGAGAGGUGGAAUUUGCUUUCUCGGUCAAAGAUAUGCCCAGGCAAAUAAUCCAUAUCUUUCUUGUUAUAACCCCGAUGAACCUACAAAUUAUAUUGUGAAUUUAGAUGUUAACAAUCUUUACGGACAUUGCAUGUCUGAAUAUCUACCUGUGGGGGAUUUUCGUUGGCUUUCACCUGAAGAAAUAGCUGUUUUUGAUUUAGCAAAUGUAUCUCGAUACUCAGAAACGGGAUAUUUAUUAGAGGUAGAUUUACUAUAUGAUAAAUCAGCUCAUGAUUUCCAUGAUUUUCCCUUAGCAGCAGAACACUUAAAUAUAAAUAAACAAAUGUUAUCAGAUUAUCAAAAAAAAAUAUUGUCUGAAAAAAAUAUUCCAUUCACCGAGUGUAAAAAGUUAACACCAAAUUUUUAUCCAAAGAAACGCUACAUUUUACACUACAGGAACUUAAAAUACUAUUUAAAGCAUGGGAUGUCUUUAAAAAAAAUUUAUCGGAUCUUGGCUUUUUCACAAUCAGACUGGUUGCGAAGCUAUAUAAAUUUUAAUAAUGAAAAACGCCAACAAGCCAAAAGCGAGUUUGAAAAAUCUUUCUUUAAAAAAAUGAAUAAUGCUUUUUUCGGCAAAACAUGCCAAAACGUCAGAAAAAGAAUUAACUUAAAGACUGCUCUUACACCCGCUGAAUGUAGAAAGCAUUUAGCAAGUCCUUUACUUGAAUACUUUGAGAGCAUAAACGAAGACUUCGCUGUCUUUAAGAUGAAAAAAAUUAAUCUAGUUCUCGACAAACCAAUUUAUGUAGGAUUUUGCGUGCUUGAGCUAGCUAAAUUACACAUGUAUACUUUAUAUUACUCUAAGUUCAAAAAAUAUUAUAAAGAAAAUUGCAAACUCUUAUACACAGAUACUGAUUCUCUAUUCAUGCAAAUAUUUACAAAUAAUGUUUACAAAGAUUUUAAAAACGAAUUUUUUGAUAUCAUGGAUCUAAGCAACUAUCCAUCUUCAAGUGAAUUUUUUAAUUCGGAGAACCAAAAUAAGUUAGGGUUUUUAAAAGACGAAACGAAAUCUAAACCUAUUUCAGAAUUUAUCGGUUUACGAUGCAAAAUGUACAGCUACAAAUGUGAAAAUACUGAAACGAAAAAGGCAAAAGGUGUAAAACAGAGUUGUUUAAGAAACAUAACACAUGAACAUUUUAAAACCUCUUUACUUAAUGAAACGAUUCAUCGUCACGAGCAAUAUUCUAUACAGUCAAAAUCACAUAUUCUUUCUACAACCAUAUCAAACAAAAUUUCUUUAUCUCCGUUUUACGAUAAAAUAUUUUUGAAUGAGGAUGGUGUGACCGGAAAAUGCUUUGGUCACUAUUCCUUGCUUGAAGAAUAAUGGUAAUAUAAUUUUCGUUUAUUUUUAUGUUCUUCAAAAAAAAUUUUUUUUUGAAAAACUAUUAAGCAUUCAAUAGCUACCUUCUGUUAAGGGGAAAAUUGUCUCUUAGUUCAAUUUUAUUUCACAUGCUUUGUAAGUGAAUCAAAUGUUUACUCAGAUCGACUGGUUGGACUGAGUUUUUUCAUGGUUUUCUCAGUCUAUAACGCAAAUGCGAACCAAUAUAAGAAGAUCUUCCAUGACAUAUUAUUAAUAAAUACCAAGAACAUUUUAUUUUUAAUGUAAUCAAUUUUUAUACUAUUUUUGCAUGUACAUAUAUAUAUGAUUCAAGUUGUUGUUUUUAUCUUAGUUAAUAUUGUAUUAAUUGUUUGCACUGUUUUUCGAAUGAAAUGGAAAUAAUUUGUAUUCAUAUCCUUUCUUUAUAUACAUUUCUUUCUUAUAUUCACAUGCUUUGUAAGUGAAUCAAAUGUUUACUCAGAUCGACUGGUUGGACUGAGUCUUUUCAUGGUUUUCUCAGUCUAUAACG